AGGCGGUGAGCAUUUCAGGAAACCUCAAUUAUCUACCUAACACGACCUGCUCCUAUCAAACAACCAAUACUCAGAAAAUCAACAUGCCUCCACGUGGCUUCACAAACCCCGCUCCCAAGACGGACAGCGCUCGAGAAGCUGUCAAGUCUUUCUACUGUGAGCUAUGUAGUAAAGGCUAUGCGCGAAUGAACGAAUAUGAAACCCACCUCUCCUCCUACGACCACUCGCACAAGCAACGUCUCAAGGAUAUGCGCCAGCUAACACGCGAUCCCAUGGCCUCCACCAAAGCACGGAAAGCCGAAGCGAAAGCCAACUCACAAUCCGGCCUCAUAUCGAUCAAACUUGGUGGGGACACGGGGAGUAGUGGAGGCGGUGGUUUUAAGAAGGGGGGAUUUAAGAAAGCGGGCUUCAAGAGCGCCUUCGCGCCUGUGGAUGCAGAAGCUCCAGUGGCGGAGGAGAAGCAGGACGAGGGGCCUAAAAAGGCUUCACCGGGUAGUACGACUACGCCUGCAGAGGAGAAUGUCGGGGGUGAGAGCGAUACUGAGGAUGAGGGGUAUGAGAUGUAUGAUCCAAGGCAUCCAACGGAUUGAGAACGGGGAACAUCACCAGAUCGCACUUCACAUGUCGAAGCAUAGCCACAUAUGGUAGCGUUCAGCUUCUGAGACGGCAGAGAAUGUGGGAGAUGAAGCACGGCGAUGUUGCUAGUAGACACGACGGUGGUACAGAUCUCCCGACUGGGAAGAUACUUGGCAUACCAGGACCUCAAAACGAAGAUAUCUCAGUUAUCUUCCGGAGCUGAUGAGGGAGGCACCCCCAUCUCUUCCAGGCCGACAUCUCUGCUAAGGAUGGGUCGCAAAAGGGGCGAGUGCUAGCGAGGAAGGCAUGUCACUCCGUUGUGGGGUCAAAUGUAUCAACAAUCUCAAAACCACCUCCGUUCGUUCUCCCACAUGUGUUGGGUUGGGCAAUCUCCCUUCUCAAGACUAUCUAUAGGCAGGUAUCUUCUUAGGAAAGCUCGGCUUUCUCACAUAGCUACGCUCUUCAACUACUCUUAAAUUGAGAAAUAAAUAAAAAAGCAAACCUCCC